UAAAAUGGGAGAACUUUAACAACAAAAAAAAACAAAAUUCCUGGUUCCAUGAUAAUUCAGAACCGAAAUAAUUAGUAUUAUAAAAGAUCUAAGUUUCUUUCCAACUUCGUUCUGUUUGGUUUUUCCUGGCGAAAUUUACAAAAGGGCACCCACUGCCAAUUUAGAAGAAGAAGAUAAACUACCAAAUGGAUUUAUCUUGAAUAAGAACUCUAUUAAUUCACCCAUUGUAAAAAAUGUGGUUCCCUAUCAACCAAAACAUGAUGCACUUGCUGAUCGACUUGUUCUGUUUGUUGUGGAUGGAUUAAGAGCGGAAUCAUUUUUAAAUUACACUACAAUGCCCUAUUUAAGGUCAAUUGCAAAUACUCAUGGUCGAUGGGGUAUAUCAAACACUCGUAUGCCUACAGAAUCUCGGCCAGGACAUGUAGCAGUUAUUGCAGGUUUCUACGAAGACCCCUCGGCUGUUCUAAAAGGAUGGAAGGAAAAUCCGGUUGACUUUGAUUCUGUGUUUAACCAGAGCUCUUACACAUGGUGUUGGGGUGCCUAUGACAUUGUUGAAAUAUUCACAAAAAGUGGCCAAGAGAGUAAUAUAUUCAGCAAGAAAUUUUAUCCAUAUGAUCAAACUUUUAGUACUGACAAAAAUACUACUCUUCAGGAUGCCUGGGUUUUUGAUAAUGUGAAAGAGUUUUUUGAAAAUGCCAAAUCUGAUUUACGUGUUAGUGAAAUUUUGCAUGUCCCAAAAAUCAUAUUAUUUUUACAUUUAUUGGGCACUGAUACUUCUGGUCACACACAUAAACCAAAAACAGAGAACUUCUUAACAACAAUUAGGCAUGUUGAUGAAGGUAUCAUGGAAAUAGAAAAAGUUAUCAAAGACUUUUACCAAGACGAUGGGAGGACAACAUUUUUAAUGACAUCAGACCAUGGCAUGACAGAUUGGGGAUCACAUGGAGCUGGUCUUGCUCAUGAAACAGAAACUCCAUAUGUACUGUGGGGUUCUGGAGUACAACAAGCAAACAUGACUAUGACAGAUCAGAAAAGUUUGAGUAUGUCAUUGGAUCACAGAUUUGAUAUAAAUCAGGCAGAUUUAGCGCCUCUUAUGUCUACUAUACUGUCGAUUCCUGUUCCUGUCAACUCAAUUGGUAGAGUUCCAUUGCAAAUAAUGAAUUUGUCAUUAUCAAACAAGGCGAAAGCUUUAUAUAGUAAUUGUCGGCAGCUAGCUGCACAGUAUGACAGAAAAAGGCAAGAUGUUGAAGAAAAUGCAUGCUCAAUUUUAUACAAACCAUAUGAACCCUUCAACAAGGAAAAGUUCAAAGAGAUUAUAGAUUUUACAGAAAUUCUCAUCAAAAGUGAAGAUAUAGCAGAAAAUCAGAAAUUAAUUAUGUUAAGCGAAGAGAUUAUUGACUUAAGCCUUACAGGCUUAGAAUACUACCAAAAUUAUUAUCAAAAACCUCUUUUAAUUCUAGUCACUUUAUCAUUUUUGGGAUGGAUAUUGUUUUUGAUGAAAUCAUUGCUAGAACAAACCAUGAACAAAAAACAUUCCAAUAAUAUUCUUAGAAAAUGGUUUAAUUGGCCAAAUAUGUUUUUUUACAUAGCAGUAUUUAUUUCAAUUAAUUUAGUUUAUGUACAACAUCUCCCAUUGCAAUAUUAUAUUUAUAUGUUGAUGCCCAUAUUCUUGUGGAGGUCAGUACUGACACCAUUCAACAUUUGGAAACAAAUAUUUACACAGAGAAGUAGAAAAACAUAUUUGAUAUGGCUUGAAGUUUUGUGUUACACAGUAGGAUCGUAUGCACUGGGUAUGUCCUUUACAGAGCGCUGGAUGUUGAGUGUACCUCUGCUGGGUAUGGCGUUGUGGCCAUUCUUUUCAUCAACAAGGAACCAUAUAUCUGCAUAUGUGCUGAUUGCCUGGCCUACUGGUUGUAUACUGCUUAGCUGUUUUUCCUUAAUGCCUGUCAUAGGAAAGAAUACAUAUAUAGAACUAGUGAUACUAGCUGGUGUAUUUUGGAUUUUAGUGUUGGUUCUAUACACUUGGAAAGUGUUAUUACCUCUAUGUAACACCAAUAGAGAAUCGCAUGAGCAAGUAUUAUUAACUUUAGCACAGAUCAUAUUAUUGGGACUGUCGCUUCACAACAUUUAUGUGCAAUCAAACCGGUUUGAUAGUGGUCGACCAGUAUCAGUAGUUUAUCAAGGACUGGCUUGGGUCAUUGCUGUUACAUCAUUUAUCAUACCACUAACCUUUACGAAAAGGUUAAUUGGUCGACUUGUAGCAAUUUACACUUCAAUUCUAAAUUUCUACUUACUGCUGUCGGUCUCACACGAGGGCUUAUUUAUCGUAACAUUGAUUAUAAAUGUAACUUGUUGGUUAUUUAUCGAAUUCAGACUGUUACCAUUUGAUGGUAUUAGUAUACUAGAAUAUUGUUUCGAUACCCAUAAAGAGACGUCCAAAGAGUUGAUAAAUUAUGAAAGGAACAUAAGUAGCCAAGAUUUUAGAAGAGCUUUCUUUUUUACAACAUACAUUAUUUUAGCAUUUUUCGGCACCGGGAACAUAGCAUCGUUGAAUUCAUUUGAAGUUAGAUGGGUGACAUGUUUUAUAACAUCAUUCAAACCAUUCAUUAUUACUACACUAAUAUUGUUGAAAACUUUGUCACCAUUCCUCCUCGUCGCUUGCAGUUUUAGGGCUGUUCAACAUUUAACCGAGGCACCAACAGGAUAUUUGCACAUCAUAGUAUUAAUUUAUUCAAAUAUAAUGGGCAUCCAACUACUAUACAAUGUCAAAAACUAUGGGAGCUGGCUGGACAUUGGUACAUCAAUAUCACAAUUCGUUAUUGUUCAAGUCAUAACAUUGUUUAUUGUUCUAAUUAAUCAAAUGGCUAAAGUUUUAUCAGAUUUCAGUAUUCAAUUAUUUAUUCAUAGGUUGUUAGGAAAAAGCAUAAAGAAAUAUGUAUAA